UUUCGCAUUACAGGCUUUUAUACGUUCAAACUGAUAUAUUAAAUUAUAUAUUUUGUGUUUUUCAAAAUAAGGUCCCUUCAAAUUUAUAUUACCCGCUAUAUAACGAAUGUCGACAUCUUAGGAAAAUGGCGGAAAUUAAACAGAAUAAGCACUGCAACAGCUAACUGGAGUUUGCCUCCCAUCAACUGUUUUGAACGUCGCCAUUAAAUUGGAUUUUAUUGUAAAUAUUGCGAUGAGUGUGUAAGAAGUGAACAGUUUUUAUAAUAAGUGCAACAAUGAAUUUGUUUAAGGCAUCAAAUACUUGAUAAUAUACCUCUGUAAGCUUUAUCAUACUCGGAUGGAACCAAAUAAGAAGCAUCCGAGGCAAAAACAAAUACAUUUACCUUCAAAAAUGCAUCGACCAGAUAUGGUAUUACUAUACAUGAUGUUCGGGUGAGCUCAGAGCUUGUCCGUGGAUAUGGAGCGGGAAAUACCGAGUGUUCCCAUCACCACACUUGCAGGAGUGGCCAGUUUAACUGAACUGCUGCCAGAAAUGCCACUUCCCACACCUCUUCCACAAACAUUGAGUAACAAGUCAUUACUCUUUCAUCCAAGGGUUGCGGAAGAAGCCCAAAAUUUGCUGGGAACUAAAGAUGAAGUUCUUAUACCUCAGUUGGUUCAGUCUUUAUCCCAAACAUCUUCACACUACAUAGAGGUGAAAGAUAUUUAUGCAGGUUUGGAACAGCAGCAAAUUGAACAACAAGAAAAUGCUCCUGAACUUUUAAAGGCAGUAUUAACUGCAAACCCGAGUCUUUUUACUUCUGUUACUGGUUCUCAAGUUGGUCAGGAUCACUCGGUUUUUGUAAAAAAAGAAAUAAAACAAGAGAAACCAGAAACACCAAGUACUUGUUCUACUUCAUUCAAACAAGAGGUUACACCAAGUACUUGUUCAUUCAAACAAGAGGUUUUAACCGUUAAUAAAGAACAACAAACGAAUAAUGAGGAAAAACACUCAAAAGACACUCAAACUUAUAGUGGAAGUGAAACAUUGCCGUCUGAUUUAUUUUUACCUGCCACUGAUGUAUCCCAAAUAGGUGAACUAUCAACCCAGUCACAACAGCAGCAGAUGCCUUCGAGACCGUCCGUUAUUACAGCACAGGCAACUACCCAAACAAUUACUCAGAGCCAAGUAUCACAAUCAGAGCAAUCUCAACCAAAAAGGGAGUCUUCCACAACAGAACAACUUCGACAGCUAAGGCGCACUACAAUUACUAAGGAACCAAUAGAAAUAGUAAUUCAGGAUGAAGAAACGCAAACAACACCGACACCGCUUACACCUGCAUCAGCUCAAACAAAUCACAUAAAACAAACAACAUCUAGCAGUCAAACAACACCUAAUACAACACCCACCCCAACACCUAUUACAAUAAAACAGCCUGUUGUAAAACUGGACCGAAUAUCAGAGGAUGAUCAGAUGCUUAUGCAAAUUAGCAUAUCAAAAUUUGCAGAGUGCAGACCUGAUUUGGCUAAAGAAUUAGGAAUUGUGCCUAAGCAGGAACUUGAAGAUCCUGAAAGUGAAGGUAGUCAAAAAAAAAACUCAAAAUUAAAAAGGCGUGCCGCGGGCGCAGACGAAGACGCUGAUUACAUUCCCGACGAAUUUUCUGCACUUGUGGGCAGCACAAAAAGAAGAAAAACCGUGAUAAAGGAAGAAAAACCGGAACCGAUCAUGGUAAAACCAAAACUAAGAAGGGUGGAGAAGAAAUUUGUCCCAGUUCUCGAGAAACUUUCUACUGAAGAGCUUAUGGAGACAAAUACUUACCACCGAUUUAACAAAUCAAUAGAACAUGUGUUAAAAAAUCAGGAGGAUAUAGAUUGUCCGGAAAUUUCUGAAGAUGGCAUUGUCCAAGAUGAAUAUCUUCUUAACAGAGUGACAAUGAAAGAACUUGUUACUGAAGCAGCUAAAUUGAAAAAUUUAGGUGCUACAGAAAUGAUUCCAACUGAUAAAUUGGUAAGACUGUUAAAUGUAAUGGAAUUAAACAUAAGGGGCGGUGACCGCGUUUCUCCCAUAACUGAUGAAGAUAAUGAAAGUAUUCGUCAAUUAUGGAUGGAAACAACCAUGGACAGGGUCAUGGGAGCUGCCGAUGCUUGUUUAGUUUCUCUUUAUCUCAUGACUUCAUCAAAUAUGCCCAAAAGGGUGUAUUUAGAGGAUGUCAUAGACAGGGUGGUGCUGUAUAUUAAAUACCAAUUGCAUAACACGAUUUUUCCUUCUUUUGAUUCCACCUACAGGCUGGACAAUAAGAAAAAGGACGGUCGUAGAAAGAAAAAUGCCCAGGUGUCAGAAAAAAGUAUACUGGUUUUGUACAAUAAAAUGUCAGAGCUAAUUAACUUGUUAGCAGAACUGCUCAGUAUUCAGGUAUUAACAGAUACGUCUGUUCUUCACGCGUCUUCAAUGGGCGUGUCACCAUUUUUCGUGGAAAAUGUCAGUGAACUUCAAUUAGCAUGUUUAAAGUUAGUGACAACUAUUUUCACGCGCUACGAAAAACAUCGCAGGCUACUACUAGACGAUAUUCUUGCCUCUAUUGCUCGUCUUCCGAGUACAAAGCGUAGCCUUAGGACUUACAGGCUCAGUGGUGACGAACAUAUACAAAUGCUUACGGCAUUGGUUCUACAGUUAAUUCAGUGUGUUGUGGCGCUUCCAGAGAACAUUACUAAACCGGAUAAACAGUCUGAAAAUUCGCACCCAGUUGACCAAGACGUAUUGAUUUGUAAUAAAUAUGAAAAGGCUACGACCACGGCUGGAACUUUCUUGGCGGUUUUUCUAAGUAAAUGUGGCAGCAAAUCUGAAGACAUUGAUUAUAGACCUCUCUUUGAAAACUUUGUCCAGGAUUUGCUUGCAACUGUUAAUAAACCAGAGUGGCCAGCCACAGAACUAUUACUUAGCCUUUUAGGAAAAAUGUUGGUCAAAAACUUUUCAAAUAAAGGAACCGACAUGUCCCUAAGAGUAGCUAGUUUAGACUACUUAGGUGUUGUAGCUGCCCGCCUUCGUAGAGACAGCAUUGUAUCGAACUGUAAAGUUGAUACAAUAGAUCAAAUGAUAAGAGACAUUAAGCUAGAAGAGUCUAAAGAUAGUGACGAGGCGUUAUUAAAGAAAAAGAAAGAAAAAUUGGACAUCGAAGAGGACAGACUUCGUUUUUUGCAGGGUGUACUUCUUGACUUUUUAGCUGUGAGUGGUCAAACUGACGAAGCUCAUCGUCACGCAAGACAUUUUUAUAUAGCUCAGUGGUAUAAAGAUGCAACAAACGAAAAAUCCCGCGUUGUUUCUGAGAAAACUAACGCUAAAGAAAACCACAGAUCUCGUUCAAGGAAAGGAAUAAACGACGUUGACAAUUCUGAUUCAGAAGAUAACGAAGCAAGAGACAUAUCAACUGAUCAGGAACAUGCAGAAAAGUUUCGUAUGUUGGAAGACAGAAAGAAGUUCCUUAUCAACAAAAUACGUCCCUUCCAAGAAAAAAUUUCUUCCGGUAAUCGUGUAAAAGUUUUCGAAACUUAUAUUGAUUACAGUAGCGCAGAGCUAAUUGCUCAAUACCUUGCUUCGAAAAGAUACUUCUCUCAAAGUUUUGACCAAUAUCUUAAAGCUAUUCUUAUAGUGCUGAAGGAAACAUCUAUAGCAAUUAGAACAAAAGCGAUGAAAUGCCUCGCGUCUAUAGUAGAAGCUGACCCGUCGGUUUUGGGAAGACAUGACAUGCAAAUGGGCGUAAACCAUUCUUUUCUUGACCACGCCACUUCUGUUAGAGAAGCAGCAGUUGAUCUUGUUGGUAAAUUUGUUCUAAGUCGCCCAGAGUUGAUAUCGAAAUAUUACGAAAUGCUCUCUGCGCGUAUCUUGGAUACUGGUGUGAGCGUUAGAAAGCGUGUCAUCAAAAUUUUAAAAGACAUUUGCAUCGAAUGUCCGGAUUUUCCAAAAAUUCCGGAAAUUUGUGUUAAAAUGAUACGCAGAGUUAAUGAUGAAGAGGGCAUAAGAAAAUUGGUAAUGGAAGUAUUUCAAAACAUGUGGUUUACCCCCACCAAGGAUUCGUCUCUUUUACGUAAAGUAAUGAAUAUUACAGAUGUUGUUGCUUCAGCUAAAGACAUUGGAUUGGAAUGGUUUGAGCAGCUUCUGAUUAGUUUGUUUAAACCAAAAGAAGAUAAAGACGAUUCUACCAAAAUUCCGACAGAACCAUCGAGAACGUUAAUUUUAGCUUGUACCCAGANAUAUUAUAUUUUUUUAUUAAUGUCCCCUUUUAAAUAA